AAUAUCCCAAAAUUUUGGGGUAUUUUAGCAUUAAAUUGGGGACUUAUUUGAAGAAAAAUAUUGUUUUGGGGCUUAAUCAUAAAAUUUUUAAAAGUUGAGGGACUAAAAAGAAAGGAAAUUAGGAUAAGGAUGAAUUGCUUUUUCUUUUUCUUUUUCUUCCUUUCUUUCCCUCCCCAUCAGACCCGCGUGCCCUGCUCUUCCUCUCCCCCGACCCUCUGCACCCGACGAGCUCCCCCCGUUACCGCCACCCAUUUUCCGGCCGGAAAUCCGGCAAAGCUUGGGGAUUUCUCCCUAUUUUCUUGUCUUAGAACACCUGUUGAACCCAGAAAAUCUCAGAUCCGCGUCUUCCUCCCUCUGCUGUCCGUCGGCUGCUAUGUGGGUGUGAGGUUUUUGGGCUUUUUCUGCCGCGAGUUCCCCUGCAGAAUUUCUUUUUCUCUGCCGUCGGCUUCUCCCCCCAUGCUAGGCUCGGUUUUGCUUGCUAAAUUCUGGUUUUGAUCGUUCUGCCACCGUAGCACUUGGGUUAGCCUUCUGUUCUGUGCGAGUGAGGUAAGUAAAUUAUGGUAAAGCCCUUGAUUUUAAAGCUUGUUUUAAUUGUUUUUGAGAUGGUGGCAAGGUUUUAAUUGAUUUUAAAUUGAUUUUACCAGCACUUGAGUGUGAUUAAAUUGAAAUGGAAGUUUUGAUGAUUUUAAUGAGAAUUUCAUGGUUUUUUUGGAAAUGAGCAUGAUUGAUUUGAAAUAAGAUUAUUAGUCUUUUGUAUUGAUUUGAGCAUGCCUACUUGAAAUUUAAGUGAUUGUCCUGAUGAUUUGAAAGCGAUUAGCGAAUUAAGAUUUUUCUGUAAAUUUCUGCUUGUUUUGUCUCCGAUGUGGUUUUGUUGUUAAUGAUCCUGCUUUGAUGAUUUGAGAUUGAUUGUGAAUUUCGAAACUUUCUGUAAUCCUACAUGGUUUUGUCUCUGAUAUAGUCAUGAUUUCCGAUCCCCGCUAGUGAGUGUGUAGCACUUCCGAUCCCCGCUAGUGGGUGUAACGCUAGCACAUGUCGACAUGUUUACUGAUAUGACGCCUGCCACUGGGCAAAUACAUUGGCACAUUCUGACGCCUGCCAUUGGGCGAAUACAUUGGCAAAUUCUGACGCCUGCCACUGGGCGAAUACAUUGGCAAAUUUCUGUUGCCUGCUAGUGGGUUGUUAUAACACUGGCCAUGACUUAUAGAUGAGACUACUGAACUGAGUUUUCUUCUGCAUUGACGGUUUGUCAGGAAACGUUUUGUUAUUGAACUGAAUCUGAUUUUGCAUUGACGGUUUUGUCAUUGAACGUUUUGCUAUUGAACCGAAUUUGAUUUCCG